AUGUCUUCUCCCACCUCCACCGUCUUCCAGGAGAUCCUCGGUUUCGACCCCAAGGUUCCUCUUGGUCUCCCAGUGCCGGCCAAGUCUAUCCCGCCGUCCGUGUGGGAUGGCAUGAAGCGCAUCUACGUCGACGAUAACGCUAACGUCGCUUGUGGCAUCCACAAGCUCACCGGCGUUCACCUCCGUCUUCGUGCGAUCGCCAAGGAAGUUAUUCCUUUCAGCAUCCUUAAGGAGUACAAGACGGCUGCCCUUGAGCUCGUCUCUUACAUGUACCCUAAGCGUCGCCUCUACGGCGGGCAGAUGGCCUACACCGCCCUCGUUCAGAAGCAGCUUCGCGUCAUGUAUCCGGCGCUGAAGGUCUUCGUCGAGUUCUGCGGUGACAAGGACAUCGGGCUCGACGUCCCGGCGGAGGUCUCUCACCACCUCGCUUGGUCUGGCGAGGCGGUGAAAGCUCCCACCAUCCCCCUUCCUGCCGAUGCUGACUCCGUUCGACGAGGAGGAGGCUCCUACUCCCAAAAAGCGUGGCCAAAACAACCCAAGUCCCCCGCUAUCAUUUACGAUUCCGACGUGGAAAUCGUCGGUACUGAAAACGGCGGUCCUGGCACUGCUUCCACUUCAACUUCGUCGACUCGUGGUGGCAAGGUCGUCGCUCGUGGUCGAGGUGGCCGCGGUGGUGGCCCUUCUCGCUCUCGUACCACCGCCGGUGCUUCUGCUGCCGUCGUACGAGUCCCUUACUACCUCGUUCCGAAUCUCGACUUAUCAUCUCCCGCUUUUCUCAAGGCCACUCAGCUGGGUAAGCGCGCUCGCGUUUCGCUUGACACCAAGGCGCUCGAGGAGGUCAACAAGAACGCUUUGGCCUCCAAGUAUCCCAACUUGUUCCCCGACGGGAUGCUCGUCAAGACUGCCGACCACUUCGCCGUCAACAACGAGUGGGUCAAUGGUGUUCUGUCUCAAGUACAGAACAUCUUGGCCAACUACUCUGACGCCGUCAACGUCGGUUCGUCGACUCGUGCGACGCUGACUGACAUUCGUUCUGAGAUCCUCCGGCGGGUCCACCUUCUCAGUCUCGACGUUCGAUUCCUUGAAGUACUCUUCGCUGAGUAUGAUAGGAUCCAGGCCCAUCUGGAGAAGGAACUCCCUCCUCUCUGA